UAGAUACAGCCAGCUUGCAACAACUAAGCAGAGAUUAAGGUUGUUUCGCGUCUUCCCGCGUAAUAAAUAGAUGAAUUUUGCGAAACUCUUAGUCCACAGCGAGAAUCAAAGAAUGGCUGGUCUGCACAAGAAAUUUGCCUUCUUUGGAUUGCUGAAACUUUGGAUGCUGAUACUGGUCUCAUCGCGAGGUCCAGUCUAUACACCUCCAAAUGUUGAGCGGGUUACGGACCAAUUUCGUCGGAUUUCAGUUAGUCAAGGUUAUAAUGUGUUUUAUGGGGGUUCAAAUGUCCAUCUUACGAACAACGGGACCAGUGCUGAUCUUAUUUUGGACAAAUCCUCAGGGUCUGGUUUAGUAUCAAAAAACAGAUACUACUAUGGCUUCUUCAGUGCUGCAAUGAAACUCCCUGCUGGCUUUACCUCUGGGAUUGUAACAGCCUUCUAUCUGUCUAAUCAAGACCUUUUCCCUCACAACCAUGACGAAAUUGAUUUCGAAUUGCUUGGCCAUGAAAAGAGAAGACAAUGGGUUCUGCAGACAAAUUUAUACGGCAAUGGAAGUGUCGGCACAGGAAGGGAAGAGAAAUUUUACCUCUGGUUUGAUCCAACACAAGCUUUCCAUGAGUACAGCAUCCUCUGGAAUAAUCAUCACAUAGUAUUUCUUGUGGACAACGUUCCCGUGAGAGAAGUAAUUCAUAAUGGGGCAAUAUCAUCAGCCUAUCCAUCAAAACCAAUGUCAGCUUAUGUAACAAUCUGGGAUGGAUCAAAAUGGGCUACUCAUGGAGGAAAAUAUCCUGUGAAUUACAGCUAUGCUCCGUUCGUGACAUCGCUGCGAGGAAUCGAGAUGGAAGGCUGCAUUCGUGAGAACUCAGCUGCAUGCUCAAAGAGGAGCGUAUCAAGCCUGGAUCCUGUGGAUGGACAAGAGUUUGCUAAAUUGUCACAGCUACAAACGACAGGAUUGGAAUGGGCAAGAGGAAAGCAUAUGUUUUACUCCUAUUGCCAAGAUAAAUCCAGAUACAAAGUCCUACCACCAGAAUGCACCACUGCCUAAUAGCAGUCUUUGCAUAUUUAUUUAUUUUCAUAGUUCAGAGUAGAAUUAAGGUGGCAAAUGCAACCUUGGAAGAAGUGGCAAGCUUAGGCCUAGAUGUUGUAUUCUUCGUUUGAAAUUAAUAAUAUUGUGCAACAUUUCUCUUCU